AUGUCUAUUAUGGAAAUUGUAAAAUCGAUAUCAGACACAAAGAAAAUAUCGUCAAAAGAAAUUAAAGAUAAUGUACAAUCAAUCAAAAAAAUAAGUAACCAUGAUAAAUCAAAAGUAUCAUCUCAGUCAACCCAAUUUAGAUCAUUAUUUACGUGUGGCGUACCAGGAUUGAAAGAAUUUGAUUAUGAUAUUGACAUAAAUUAUGCAAUUGGGCUAUUAAAACAACAAGAUGGAAAUGUUAAUGUGUAUAGUCAUUUACAAGACAUUUUAGAUAAGAUAUUAUUGGAAAGGCCUAAAAAUCCACUACAAAACUUUGAAAAAUAUAGCGUGAUGUUGAAGCGUACAUAUAUUCAUAAUGAUGUUAAUUUUGAACGUGUCUUUGUGGAUAAUAUAAACCGGAAUUAUUGCUUUAAGAGUUUACAAAUGUAUAAGUGUGCAUUGAAAAAACAAGCUGAACAACAAAAACAAUAUAAUAUUAACAAAAAAAAUAUUAGAAAGUCAGAAAUUGAUCAACAUGAAGAGAAGAAAACUAUGAAUAAUAUUAAUGAUAUCGUGCAAGUUCAGAAUCUUUGUGAAGUAAACUAUAUGUUUAAUAAAGCUGGUUUUGGACUUCCAGCGGAUGAAGCUGCAGUUAUAUACCUAACCAUGAAUGAAAUGGCUCAGUUAAAAAAAUUUGAAAGCAUAAGGUUUUGGGGAAAAAUAUUUGGUAUAAAAAAAAUGUAUUAUGUAAUAGAAUGCAAAUGGUCGGACGUAGAAUUAGAACGUAAAAUAAUGAGAGUAAACAGUGUAAGCCAUAACUCAAAAUCAUCAAAACAUAUAGAUAAUGAUAUCACUAGUGACUCACUUCGACAAGGCCCCAUAAUAAUAGAUCCAGAUAAUGCCCUAGAUACAGAAAAUGAAUUUGAAUCUGCUGUAUCAUAUACUGAUGGUGAAAUGGCUGAAAAUUCAAUUAAUCAUUACGAUUCAUGGAUUACUUUAAAUGAUAGUGACAGUUGCACAGCAAUACCAAAAUCCUCGUCAAAAACCUUGUUACCACCAGAAAUGUUCGGAGUUGGUGCAAACAAAAAUGUAUACUUUGUCACAAAUAAAUUAAAUACCGAAUGGAUUGAACUAGAAUCUGUUAAGCCACAUCAUAUAGUUGAAGCAAGAAAAAUAAAACGAUAUUUCACCGGGAAAUUAAAAAAUCCGAUAAACAGUUUUCCAAAGUUCGAUGGUACAGAAAAUGAAUAUCUUAGAGCUCAAAUUGCACGAAUAUCAUCGAGCACUCAAAUAUGUCCACGUGGGUAUUAUAUUAUAGAAGAAAAAGAUAAAGCAGAUUUAAGCAGAAUAUCAGACCUAAGAUCCACAAAUUCAUUAAUUUCAAGCAGAAAAAAAAGUGGUGACCUUAUAUUCAACGAAAAUACCAAACCUAUUUCUAAUAUUAAUUUAACGAAUGUAAAUUAUUGGGUGCAUAAGAAUCCUCACAUAGACAUUAAUGGAGUUACCUAUAAAUUAGGUUUUUCUAAUCUGUCCCAUUCGAAAAAAAAUGAAGGAAAUGCUGAAGAAUUUGAAGAAGAGGACAAUUUGAGUUAUGGUGAUAAUGUAUUAAAUUCUAGGGGUGAUUUAUUUGGAAACUUAGGAAAUGAUAUCUCUGUUGACAAUACAUCAGCGUGGAAAGGUGUUCUUUGCUCUCCGUUUGAUCCUCGUUAUUCUCAAGCAAUAAUGAAAUCUCAUGUAUGGCCUGGAGCUUUUGCAGUUGCUUACAAUCUCCAAACUGACUAUAUGUAUAUUGGAUGGGGUCAAAAGCAUGAUUAUAAUAUGCUUUAUAACGUUUUUAUGGACGAAAUCAAAAUGGAAAAUCCAAUUCAAGAUGAUACUUUUACUGUGGAGUUUCAAGAAUUUACUAAAAAAGAGAAAACAGAGAAUGAAAAACAUCGCUUAAGUACAAAUAAAAAUAUUAACCCUUUUCCACUACGAUUGAAUCGUACAAAAUACAAAGGUGGUGAAAAAGUUAUUACAUAUUAUACUUACGAGUAA